AUGAGUAAAUCAUCAGCCACCAAAAAGUCCAAGGCUUCUGCUAUUAAUACCUCGGCUAAUUCAAAUUCAAAGACUUCAAAAAUUGCAACACCCACAUUGCAACAAGUAGAAACACGCUUAGAAAAUGAAGUACCAACAACCAAAGUUUCAGUGAAAAGAAACAGCAUUACCACUGAAUCUGCUAAGGCUUUGGAAAAUAAGGCCACUGCACAAAACACCGUUACCCCAGGAGCUGUUGAAGCAAAGUCCAAGUCAAACGUCGAUCCCGAACCAACUAAGGUUCCUAAUCAGAAGAUCCCAAAAACCGAAUCUCCACUGAGCCAGAAACAAAACGGUUCAACAAAGACAAAGGAAAAGUCCGAUGUUCUGUUGGAGACAAAGUCCACAUCUUCGACUACUGAAAGUAACAAUAGCUCGGUCUUGCAAUACACUGAGUUGUCGGAAAUUCCUAUUGGCGUUGAAAGAAUUACUAAGGCUUUCCACAGUGGCAAAACACACUCUUUACAAUUCAGAUUGAAACAAUUGCGAAAUUUAUACUUUACAAUGAAAGACAACCAGGAAGCAUUGUGUGAUGCUUUGCAGAAGGACUUUCACCGUCUUCCUUCUGAAACAAGAAAUUACGAAUUUGCCACAGGAUUGAAUGAGUUAUUAUUUAUCAUGUCGCAGCUUCACAAAUGGAGCAAACCCCAGCCUGUUGACGAGUUGCCAUUAAAUUUGUCUUUGAAUCCAGUUUACAUUGAGAGAAUUCCUUUGGGCACAAUUUUAGUUAUUGCUGCUUUUAAUUAUCCAUUUUUUGUCUCGAUCUCACCAAUAGUGGGUGCUAUAGCAGGUGGUAACACUGUUGCGCUUAAACCUUCUGAGUUAACUCCACAUUUUACAAAGUUAUUUACUGAGUUGUUGUCAAAAGCAUUGGAUCCAGAGAUAUUUUUUGUUGUAAAUGGGGCAAUCCCUGAAACAACACGCUUGUUGGAACAAAAGUUUGAUAAAAUUAUUUAUACCGGUAGCGGUUUGGUAGGUACGAUAAUUGCGAAAAAAGCUGCAGAAACCUUGACACCAGUUAUUUUGGAGUUGGGAGGAAAGUCUCCCGCUUUUGUUUUGGAUGACGUUUCUGACAAGGACUUGGCAACUGUUGCUCGAAGAAUUGCUUGGGGUAGGUUUGUAAAUGCUGGACAAACAUGCAUUGGUGUCGAUUAUGUAUACGUGGCAAAGUCAAAACACGAUAAAUUUGUUCUGGCAUUGCAAGAGGUAAUUGAGAAGGAGUUCUUUCAAGAUGUUGACAAUACGAGAAACUUCACACAUUUGAUCCAUGACCGUGCAUUUGAGAAAAUGGAAAAUAUACUCAACUCAACUUCUGGCAAUGUGAUAAUUGGAGGUAAACUCGACCGUGGCUCCAGAUAUGUUGGCCCCACUGUGAUUGACAACGUAACCUGGGCAGACUCUUCUAUGAAAGACGAAAUUUUUGGUCCUAUUUUGCCAAUUUUAACUUACACUGAUCUUGAAAAAGCCUGUCGUGAAAUCAUUGCUAAUCACGAUACUCCAUUGGCCCAAUACAUUUUUACAAGUGGACCUACCUCUAGACAUUACAAUUCUCAAAUCAAUACUAUUACCACUUUGGUUAGAUCUGGAGGAUUGGUUAUAAAUGACGUUUUAAUGCAUAUUUCUUUGCACAACGCUCCGUUUGGUGGAGUGGGAACUUCUGGAUACGGUGCUUAUCACGGGGAAUUUUCAUACAGAGCUUUUACUCAUGAAAGGACUGUUCUCGAACAGCAUUUGUGGAAUGAUUGGGUUCUUAAAUCAAGAUAUCCCCCAUAUGCCAAUAAGAAGGACCACUUGAUUGCCAGCUCCCAACAAAAGUAUGGUGGUAGAGUUUGGUUUAACAGAGAAGGGGAUGUGAGAAUUGGCGGUCCCUCCCUUUUGUUUUCUGCUUGGAACAAUACUCUCGGGGUGGCUGAACUAGUACGUGACUUUAUUGGAGCUUCUUUGUAA